AUGUGCGGUAGGUACGCCAUCAAUCUGCGCCCUUCAGAGGUGCGCCGCAUGUUACAAGCGGAUAACAUGCCAGUCGACGACGCGCCGGACGAUGAAGGCGACAAUUCUCCAAGACAGAGCUACAACUUUGCGCCGGGGUAUCGCGGGGUUGUCUACAGGGCCAGGGUGGGCGGUGGUGGUGGUGUUGGUGGUAGCCGUGGAGCUGGAGGACGGAGGAGAGCGGCACAUGAUGAUAGUGCUCAGGAAGGAACUGAAGGCGAAGCGGAAGUUGAACGCGAGGAGGAGCACCAGAGCCAGUCCCCAGAAGAAGAACAGCAGCAAGAAAAGGAACAGGGCCAAACUCAGCCUACGGAACAUCAAAUCCAACAACAUCAACAAGACGGAACACCGAAAGAAAACCACCAAUUCAUCCUCCAACCAAUGAAAUGGGGCCUCAUCCCCUCCUGGACCUUUAAGUCCAAAUCCAAAUCAACCCAACAAAAACCCGGAUCAACAAACUACACAACAACCCUAAAAACCAUCAACUGCCGCGACGACUCCCUCGCCUCCUCUUCCUCCGGUAUCUGGUCCAGCAUCAAACACCGGCACCGCUGCAUAAUCCCUGCUCAAGGCUUCUUCGAGUGGCUCAACACCCCUGGUCCCUUCGGCAAAGGAGUUGAAAAGAUCCCCCAUUUUGUCAAAAGGAAAGAUGGGAAACUGAUGUUAUUCGCUGGAUUAUAUGAUUGCGCCCACUAUACCGACGAAGACGGCAUCGAAAACGAAAUCUGGUCGUAUACGAUUAUUACGACGUCGAGUAAUGAACAGUUGAGGUUUUUGCACGAUAGGAUGCCGGUUAUUUUGGAUGCUGGGCCGGAGAGUCUCAAAAAGUGGUUGGAUCCGGGGAGGAAGGUGUGGGAUGGGGAGUUGCAGGGGGUUUUGAGGCCGUUUGAGGGGGAACUGGAGUGUUAUCCGGUUGAUAAGAGGGUGGGGAAGGUGGGGAAUGAUGGUGAGGAUUUGGUGGUGCCGAAGCAGGUGAGGAGGGAGGAGAGGGCGAUUGAGAGUUGGUUUGGUGGGGGUGGGAAGGGGGAGGAGGGGGAUGGGAAGGAGGAUGGGAAGGAGGGGAAGGAAGUGGAAGUCAAGACGGAGACUGGAAAAAUUAAGGUUGAAUCCAUCGAUGAGUUGGUCGAAGAAGCGGGUCAAGAAGGGAGGGAAAUGCAUUCGUCGCCGCUGCGUCAAGGGAUCAAGAGGGAGGCAUCUUCGGAGCUGGGUGAUGAUGGGCAACCGCCUGCUAAAAAGUCGAUGGGGACCGGAGGGAGGUCGUCACCAGUCAAGGGGAAUAAGAAGAAGCCGCCGACGCCGUCGAAAGCGAAAGGAAAGCCCAUCAGUGCUACGAAGAAUAAGGGGAAGGGGAGUCCGAUCAGACCUAGGAAUGCACCACCGCCGGGGAUGCAGAAGAUUACCAAGUUCUUUGGGAAUAGUGCUUAA